GCGGCGGGAAGGGCAGCGGUGUUAGUGGGAGUGCGGGGCUGCGCGGGGCUGCGCGAUGCGCCUGACGCAGAGCAUGUGCACCAUCGCGGAGUGCGCGCCCGGCGGUGAGGGCUGCCCCGCGGCUCGACCUCGCCUGGUUAAGAUCGCCGUGGUGGGGGGCAGCGGAGUGGGCAAGACAGCGCUCGUGGUGCGGUUCCUGACGAGGCGCUUCAUCGGCGACUACGAGCGGAACGCAGGUAACCUCUACAGCCGGCACAUCCAGAUCGACGGGGAGGUGCUGGCCAUCCAAGUGCAGGACACCCCGGGUGUGCAGAUCCAUGAACACAGCCUGGAUUGUAAUGAGCAGCUGAACAGAUGCAUUCGCUGGGCAGACGCCCUGGUGAUUGUCUUUUCCAUCACAGACUAUAAGAGCUAUGAACUACUCAGUCACCUGUACCACCACGUUCGGCAGAUGCAUCCAGGGAAUGCUGUCCCUGUUGUCAUCGUAGCAAACAAAGCUGAUCUCUUGCAUAUUAAAGAGGUGGAGCCUCAGCAUGGACUUCAGCUGGCCAACAUGCUGGGCUGUGCUUUCUAUGAAGUGUCUGUCAGUGAAAACUACAACGAUGUCUUCAACGCCUUCCAUGUCCUCUGCAAAGAAGUCAGCAAACAACAGACCACCAACAGCACCCCCGAGAGACGGAGAACUUCUCUCAUUCCACGGCCCAAAUCACCCAACAUGCAGGAUCUGAAGAGGAGGUUUAAGCAAGCUCUGUCUGCCAAAGUGAGGACUGUCACGUCUGUCUGACAGCAGGGCCAAGAAGAGGCGUUGUUCUCAAUGUUUCUCCCAAGUUUGAAACCCGGGGUGUCUAACACUGGCACGUCUGCAGUCUGAUGUUGUGGCAGGAUGGUUCAGGCAGCGUUCUGCAUGGCUGUAGAAAUGAGAAGUUGCUUGAACAAUGAACAGUGGCAGAUGGGAAAAGAAUAAAAACAAACAAAAAAAAAUCCCCACAAAAAUAGUCUUGAAAUGGCUCUAGGAAGUAACUUGUAGAACAAGUAUUUUCACUUGGAAAUGGACCUUUCCAAUAAAUGCCUUCUUCUUUGAUGGGACAGAUCUGGCUUAAUGUUUGUGCAGAGACAACCUUUUAGCUGUGACUCUCAACUUGUACUUGAGCAGGGAAACACCCCGAACUGUAGUUCACUGUUCAGAAGUAACCACUCCAGUUUUACAACACUUUACUUGGAUGAAGGACAGCAUGUUAUAUCUGUUCAAUUUAUUGCACAGUAGAGCUGUUUAUUUCACUCGUAUUUCAAAACAAACGAGAACACAUGCAACUAUUCUGUAAAAAUAAGUGUGAAGUCAGUGGACAUGACUGGGUAUCAUGACUGUACACAAUGGUCCUUUACUUUUUUACUGGCUAUGUUAUUGCUGACAACUUGACCAGACUCUUUGUAUGCAAAACUAUUGUGCAUAGGAUGUAAACAUAUGUAAUUACAAAUAUCUGGUGGGUCUUUUUUACUGUCUGAAAAAAACAGUGUUGAGACUGAAUGAUCUAACACAGAGCUUUCUAGGAAUAAGCCUGGAGUUGGAGUGAUAGUCCAUUACAGCUACCAGUGUGAGACACUUUUCUCCUCUUUCUUUCUUUCUUUCCCUGGAGUAUAAUAGGCAAAGAAAGAACCAGUGAUUGAGCUCGAUGUGAAGCAUGGCUGCCCUCAAGGCAAUGAAGCUGGCUGUUUGUUCAGAGCUGAGCCGGUCCCUGUUCGUCCUUAAACACAUGUGGCUGACUUAAGCAUUUCUUCUUAUUUUAUUUUUUUUCUACGUUGAGCCAAUGGAGUUCACAGGCUAAAGGCCUUACACACAUGCACUUUAAAAAGCCAGUUGUGCUUUUAUUUGAACUGUAAUUUAUUUAUUUUAUGUACAGUUACUUUCAGCAUUAAAUUUUGAAUUGCGUAUUUUCUCAUGUGUUUUUCCUGUGUAUAAGAAACAAUUGCUAAUAGCCAGCAAAGCCUGCAGACAAAGUAAUUACAGAAACUGCAAGAAGGUCUUUGCUGCCUAUGCUGUUGAUUUAUUAGCAUAAUCUGCGGGGGGAAAGCUCUCAUAACCUCUUUCCAACUUUUACAAAGUGGCUUCAGAAGACCUACU